AUGAAUCACGCAUCAGCAUGGAUCCUCAUCCUGUGGACGCUGGUUUUACAACGUUUGGCUCCUCAAGGCUUCUCGGAUGCUGCUGUCAUACGCCGGAGAUGCGGAACUCUGUUGAACUGGAGUGAUGGAGCUCUUGCCUCACGGUUUUCGUCCACGAGUCGUGGAAGAAGCUCGUUCAUCACCUCCCCGCGGCUGUCGUUGCAAGGGGCCCCUGCUAGGUCUCAACCUCUGCCUAUGUCUAGGAGGGUAGUGUUCGGCUACAAGUAUGACGCAGAGCGCGUAAAGCGCAAGGGAGAAGUGCGCAGCAAGGUUUACUUCGAUAUGUACAAGGAUAAGCACCCGCUUUACGUCAUCCACCGAUUCAUGCACGAAAACGACCCCGACAAUCCGAACUUCAAGUACGACGUCGAACUCGCCACGAAGCCCCCAUGCACGCGCAACAUUUUCAAGCAUUAUAAGAAGGACAACAAGCUGCGGUUCUUCUGGUACGCCUCGGGAAAGAAGAUGCCGAACGGCCCCAGCAGUCGCUACAUUAACUACGCACGGUCGUAUAACGAGUUCCGCUUCAGCAAGCUCACCAGCUAUUACCACAUCCUGCCCUAUGUCCACGAGCACUAUAAGGACGACCCGAGGUACAUCUACUUCAUGAACAGGUUCCUCUCCUUCCACGGACGCGUUGCAGAGGCCAAGCGCGAUCUCGCCGCACAGGCAGAGAGGGAGGGGCUGGAGAAGCCGAACGAGUACCGCCGCACGAUUUCGUGGAAAGAAAUGAGGGUACAGCGCAAGCAGGAAGAGGCGGAGCUAUACGAGAAAUACGGUGUCAAGGAUAACAUUGUGGUAAAUAUGGGUGACGGGAAAAGCUUCGUCGUGAAGCCCGACGGAUUCACGGUUCAUGGCGAGUACUACUCACGCAUCGACAAGGCGGAGAGAGACUCGCCAUAUGACAUAUAUACGCCCUACUACCGCACGAAGCACUCCUCCAAGCGCCGCCGCUUCCGUGAACGAGGACGCCCGCUCGACCCUGCGGAACGUUGCAAGACACGGCGUGAGCGGCUGCUAAAACGCAAAGCAGAACGAGAGGCGCGCGAUGGUCCAAAUGCACAUGCAAAGAAGUUCAUGAAGCAGAAGAAAUCGUUCAAGAUACCACGUCCACCAGGGUGGUUACCCGAGGAGUGCGCCGAUAUGGCCGACAUCUUAACACCGCCGACAGAUGUUGGAGCGGAGGGCCAGUGA